AUGGCUCCAACGAUGAGACUAAGCCUUCGAACGAUAGAAGACGUGCUCAUACGGUCCAUCCGGCCGGUCCCCAUCACCAUAAAGCGAAAGCCCUUCGUCGCAAGACCCGACAGCAAUUUACGCAACGCUGGGACUGCCCGGGCAUACGUCGCCGCCACCGAAGACAAGCCCUACGGGACGACGCACCGCGAUUGGACGCGCAACCAUUCGCACCAGACCGUCCUCCAGCAACACUGCGAAUUCUUCGACACAGACCGCGACGAUAUCAUUUGGCCGCAAGACACCUUCUACGGCUUCCACAAGCUCGGCUUCGGCGUCUUGCUCUCCCUCCUUGCCGUCAUCGUCGUCCACGCAAACUUGUCCUACCCAACCCUCCCCUCCUGGCUCCCCGACCCCUUCUUCCGUGUCUACGUCGCCAACAUCCACAAGGACAAGCACGGCUCCGAUACCGGAACGUACGGCAACGAGGGCCGCUUCGUGCCGCAGAAGUUCGAGGACAUCUUCGAGAAGUACGCCAACGGUCGGAACUGGAUCACGCUGUGGGACGUCGGGAACAUGCUCAAGGGGCAGCGCUGCAUCGUGGACCCAAUAGGCUGGGGCGGCGCGCUGUUUGAAUGGCUCGCGACGUACCUUAUGCUGUGGCCGGAUGACGGGCGCAUGAUGAAGGAGGAUAUCAGGGGGAUCUAUGACGGGAGUAUCUUCUACAAGAUCGCUGCGAGACGGGCGUCGAACAGGGCGUACGGCUAUGAGUAG